CGCGAAACGAAGGGUCAGGACUAAAAAGCUAAGGUGGACGCGUGCACACCAGAUAACCAACGGUGAUAAGAGUUGAAAGUGAAGUGGCAGAGUUUCCUAAAUUCCCCACUCCCGAAGAAUCCUCCACUCACAUCUGUUAUUAGUCAAAUUAGGGUUUGAUUACAUUCCACUCAUUAGGGUUCCUCUCAACCAACUCAUACCUCCUCUCUAUAUAUAUAUACACAAACACGCCGACGGUUUUUCUCAACCUCAAAUCUUAUAAUCCGAUGGCGUUAGAGGAACAAUCCGCGGCGAGAUCCACCGGGAAGGUGAACUGGUUCAACGAUUCCAAGGGAUACGGUUUCAUCACCCCAGACGGCGGCGGAGAAGAGCUUUUCGUUCACCAAUCCUCCAUCGUCUCCGAAGGUUACAGGAGUCUAGCCAUCGACGAUUUGGUCGAGUUCGAAAUCACUCAGGGAACCGACGGGAAGACUAAAGCCGUCGACGUCACCGCUCCGGGUGGUGCUCCUCUUAAAAAGAAGGAGACUAGCUCCCGCGGUGGCGGCGCUAGGCGAGUCGGCGGCGGCGGAGGGUGUUAUAAUUGCGGCGAGGCUGGUCAUCUUGCUAAGGAUUGCCGUGACGACGGCGGUGAGCGUGGAGGAGGAGCGUCUUGUUACAGUUGUGGUGAGUCUGGUCACUUGGCUAGGGAUUGUGUUCAGAAAUCAAGCGGCGGUGAACGUGGAGGAGCCUCCGGAGGUGGCGGGUGCUACACUUGCGGUGAAGCUGGUCAUUUUGCUAGGGAUUGCGUUCAGAAAGGAAGCGGCGGCGGUGAACGUGGAAACGGUGGCGGCGGUGGUGCUUGUUACACGUGUGGUGGAGUCGGUCACAUGGCGAGGGACUGUGCGACGAAGAGACAGUCUGGUACAUGUUACGAGUGUGGAGGUACUGGUCACUUGGCGCGUGAUUGUGACCAGAGAGGAAGCGGUGGAGGUGGCGGUAGAAACGCAGGUGGAGGUGGUGGAAAGUGUUACAAGUGUGGUGAAGGAGGUCACUUUGCAAGGGACUGUUCUGUUGCUUGAUUUGCUUCUUAAUCAACAAAAGGAUGAAAUGAAUUUGAGUAAUGUAUAACUUUUGAUAUUAAUGUUUCGUUUUAUCUUUUUGCUGAUAUGGUAAUGAUGAAUUUGCAUGGUCCUUUUGUUGUUUUUUUAGUUUUAUUACUAUUAUUGUACAAAAGGGUUAUGAUCCUUUUUUUUUCUUUGUGAUAACUAUAUAAGUUUAACUAGAUUUGGUUUCUGAUAUGGAUACUGUACUUUUGUUCUUUUUGCUUAUGUCACUUUGAGUUUUGUCCU